UCCAUCCCAUCCCAGCUAGACGUAACAUGUGCGGCUGCGUGUACACAGAGGAUGGCUCGCUGCUCAGGUGCAGACUUGGGAAACCAGUCAAGCAGGCAACAGGACUUGUCUAUUUAACCAGACACCAGAGCUUUGUGUUGAUGUAGGGGCUUCAGCCUCCUUUUGGACCUGCCACCCUGGAGCUCUAAAUGUUCCUGCAACUAAGCUGAUCUUCAUUUAUUUAUUUAUUUAUUUUUUGUUUUUCUUCACUAGAGGACAAUCAUUUAAAAGAAACGUAUUUUUUUAGAUUUGGUUAAUUCCUUUGGCACCUAAAGCAGUGGAAGAAGCAUUAUUUUCAGAGUGGGAAUUUAAGGAGAUGAAACCGGGAUAGCCGUGCGUCUGCCCUGCUUCAAACUGGAUUACAGCAUAGACACAGUGUGAAUAGCUGCAGAGGAAGAAAAGAAGAGCUCAAACAAAGAGGGAAAUUUUAAAAGUCCCUCCUAGACAAUCACCUCCCUCCACACCUGUGACGGCUUCUCCUCUGAGAAAACGAAGGAAAGGAAAGUAAUUAGGAGCUAAUACAUAAAAAAAAGGGUGAAGUCCAUUCACCCCCCCACCCCUUGCUUCCCACCUGUCUGGAUUAACUGGGCUGGAGCACCAUGGCGCACGCCGCCUCACAGCUGAAGAAAAAGGCGGAUGAGAAUCUCGCUGCAGAAGAUGAGAAGGAGAAAGAGAAGGAGAGAAAGAGGGCAAGGAGGAAAUCGCGUGAAGUAAAGAAAAAGACGGAUGUAAACGCCUGUUAUCUGCGAGCAGCUCGGGCUGGAAAUCUUGAGAAAGCUUUGGAUUACCUGAAGAAUGGGGUCGACAUUAAUAUUUGCAAUCAGAACGGUCUGAACGCUCUCCAUCUGGCCUCGAAGGAGGGCCAUGUGGAAGUGGUGGCAGAGCUCAUCAAGCAGGGUGCCAACGUGGAUGCAGCCACCAAGCAGAAAGGAAACACCGCGCUGCACAUCGCCUCCCUUGCUGGACAGACCGACGUGGUGAAGGAGCUCGUCACAAAUGGUGCAAACGUCAACGCGCAGUCUCAGAAUGGCUUUACUCCACUGUACAUGGCAGCGCAGGAGAAUCACUUGGAGGUGGUUCAGUUCUUACUUGACAAUGGCUCCAGUCAGAGCAUCGCAACCGAGGACGGUUUUACUCCUCUGGCAGUGGCGCUGCAGCAGGGCCAUGACCAGGUGGUUUCCCUCCUACUGGAAAACGAUACCAAAGGGAAGGUCCGACUCCCAGCUUUGCACAUAGCUGCCCGGAAAGACGACACCAAGGCUGCAGCCCUCCUCCUCCAAAAUGACCACAAUGCAGAUGUGGAGUCGAAGAUGAUGGUGAAUAGAACAACAGAGAGCGGAUUUACCCCCCUCCACAUUGCGGCUCACUAUGGCAACAUCAAUGUGGCGACACUGUUGCUCAACAGAGGGGCAGCUGUAGACUUCAAGGCCAGGAAUGAUAUAACACCUCUGCAUGUAGCAUCCAAACGAGGAAACACCAACAUGGUGCGGCUGCUACUGGAGAGAGGGGCGAAGAUCGAUGCAAGGACAAAGGAUGGUUUGACUCCUCUCCACUGUGGUGCCAGAAGUGGCCAUGAGCAGGUGGUGGAGAUGCUGCUGAACAGAGGAGCUCCAAUACUGUCCAAGACCAAGAAUGGUUUAUCUCCUCUUCACAUGGCGACGCAGGGUGACCACCUGAACUGUGUCCAGCUGCUGCUGCACCACGAGGUGCCUGUAGACGAUGUGACGAAUGACUACCUGACGGCUCUUCACGUGGCCGCACACUGCGGUCACUACAAGGUGGCCAAGGUCAUUUUGGACAAGAAGGCUAAUCCCAACGCUAAGGCACUGAAUGGUUUUACCCCUCUGCACAUUGCCUGUAAGAAAAACAGACUGAAAGUGAUGGAACUGCUUCUGAAGCAUGGGGCGUCUAUACAGGCCGUCACAGAGUCUGGUCUGACGCCGAUCCAUGUUGCUGCGUUUAUGGGACAUGAAAACAUCGUCCACCAGCUGAUCAACCACGGGGCUUCCCCCAACUCGAGCAAUGUGAGAGGUGAGACAGCGCUGCACAUGGCAGCGAGGGCUGGACAGUCUGAUGUGGUCCGAUAUUUGAUUCAGAACGGAGCCCAGGUUGAUGCCAAGGCAAAGGAUGACCAGACUCCGCUGCACAUCUCAAGUCGUCUCGGUAAACCCGACAUCGUGCAGCAGCUGCUGACAAAAGGAGCAUGUCCAGAUGCCACCACCAACUCUGGAUACACACCUCUGCACCUGGCUGCCAGGGAGGGACACCGAGACGUGGCUGCAUCUCUGCUCGAUCAAGGCGCUAAUCUGAGCAUUACUACAAAGAAGGGUUUCACUCCUUUACAUGUUGCUGCAAAGUAUGGAAAGAUAGAGGUAGCCAACCUGCUGCUUCAGAAGAACGCUCCAGUUGAUGCUUCUGGAAAGAGUGGACUAACUCCACUGCAUGUGGCAGCACACUAUGAUAACCAGAAGGUGGCACUGCUCUUGCUCAAACAGGGAGCUUCACCCCACGCUGCUGCCAAGAACGGUUACACUCCGCUUCACAUCACGGCCAAGAAGAAUCAGAUGGAGAUCGCCACCACCUUGCUGGAGUACGGCGCCUCCACCAGCACGGUGACGCGUCAGGGCAUCACUCCUCUGCACCUGGCAGCACAAGAAGGAAACGUGGACAUAGUGACUCUGCUGCUGGCUCGAGACGCUCCUGUUGGCUCCAGCAACAAGUCUGGUCUGACUCCACUCCACCUGGCUGCCCAGGAAGAUAAAGUCAACGUUGCGGAGGUGUUAGUUAACCAUGGAGCCUCCAUAGACCCUGAGACCAAGCUGGGAUACACCCCUCUCCAUGUGGCCUGUCACUAUGGUAACGUGAAGAUGGUAAACUUUCUGCUCAAGAAUCAGGCAAAGGUCAACGCAAAGACCAAGAACGGGUACACACCUCUGCAUCAAGCCGCUCAGCAGGGACACACGCACAUCAUCAACCUGCUGCUGCACCACGGGGCCUCGCCCAACGAACUCACUGCCAAUGGGAACAGCGCCCUGUCAAUCGCCAGGAGACUGGGCUACAUUUCUGUAGUUGACACACUCAAAGUGGUCACAGAGGAGACUCUAACCACUCAGACUGUAAUAGAGAAACACAAGAUGAACGUCCCAGAGACCAUGAACGAGGUGCUGGACAUGUCUGACGAUGACGUCUGUAAAGCCAAUGUCCCAGAAAUGAUCACAGACGACUAUUUUUCUGAUGUGGAAGAAGGUGAUGAUGCAAUGACGGGGGACACAGACAAAUAUCUGGCCCCCCAUGACCUGAGGGAACUGGGGGACGACUCGCUCCCACAGGAGGGCUACAUGGGCUUCAGCGUUGGAGCGCGGUCACAGAGUACCAAAGUCAGCCUCCGUUCCUUCAGUUCUGAUAGGUCCAACACGUUGAACCGGAGCUCGUUCACGCGGGACAGCAUGAUGAUCGAGGAGAUCCUGGCCCCCACCAAGGACCCGAUGCUCUGUAAGGAACGAUCUUUCAUUGUAGAGCAUCGCAAUAAGCAUCUGCUGACUGCCAGGGAUGCAGACAACGACUCCCUGAGGAGGUACAGCUGGACCGCAGACCCACUAGAUAACGUCAACCUCGUCUCCUCGCCGGUCCACUCUGGUCUUUCCUCUCCGCUCCCGCAGUACGACAGCAGGUUCCUGGUCAGCUUUAUGGUCGACGCCAGAGGCGGCUCGAUGAGGGGAAGUCGGCACAACGGGAUGCGCAUCAUCAUCCCACCGAGAAAAUGCACAGCCCCCACCAGGAUCACUUGUCGUCUGGUAAAAAGGCACAAGCUGGCCUCCCCUCCUCCGAUGGUGGAAGGAGAAGGCUUGGCGAGCAGACUGGUGGAGGUUGGACCGGCAGGGGCUCAGUUUUUAGGGCCUGUGAUAGUAGAGAUCCCACAUUUUGCCUCAAUGCGGGGCCAGGAGAGAGAGCUGAUCCUGCUGCGCAGUGAGAAUGGAGAAUCCUGGAAGGAACAUCUGUAUGACUGCAAGACCACUGACCUCAAUCAGCUUCUGAAUGGGAUGGAUGAAGAACUAGAUAGUCCUGAGGAGCUGGAGAGGAAGAGGAUCUGUCGCAUCGUCACUAAGGACUUUCCACAGUACUUUGCUGUGGUGUCCCGGGUCAGACAGGAGACCCACCAGAUGGGACCAGAGGGAGGAACUCUCUGCAGCCGGAGCGUCCCAUUGGUCCAAGCUUCCUUCCCCGAGGGGGCGUUAACUAAGAAAAUCAAAGUGGGAUUACAGGCCCAGCCCAUUCCUGAGGACACUGUGAAGAAAAUCCUUGGGAACCGAGCAACCUUCAGUCCCAUUGUUACCGUGGAGCCCAGAAGGAGAAAGUUCCACAAGCCCAUCACCAUGACGAUCCCAAUACCACCACUCUCAGGGGAGGGGCUUACUAAUGGUUACAAAGGAGACAGUACACCUUGCCUCCGCCUCCUCUGUAGCAUUACAGGUGGUACAUCUCCAGCACAGUGGGAGGACAUCACUGGAACAACUCCCCUCACAUUCGUCAACGAUUGCGUCUCUUUCACUACCAAUGUCUCUGCGAGGUUCUGGUUAGCAGACUGCCACCAGAUCCCAGAGACAGUCGGCUUGGCCACUCAGCUCUAUAGAGAGCUGAUCUGUGUGCCCUACAUGGCCAAGUUUGUAGUUUUUGCCAAGAUGAAUGACCCCGUGGAGUCCAGCCUGAGGUGCUUCUGCAUGACAGAUGACAAAGUGGACAAAACCCUGGAGCAGCAGGAGAACUUUGAGGAGGUGGCAAGGAGUAAAGACAUAGAGGUUCUGGAGGGAAGGCCCAUUUAUGUGGAUUGUUAUGGAAACCUGGCUCCUUUGACCAAAACGGGGCAACAGUUGGUGCUCAACUUCUACGCCUUUAAGGAAAACCGUUUACCCUUCUGUGUUAAGGUUAGAGAUCCGAGCCAAGAGCCAUGCGGUCGCCUUACUUUCCUUAAAGAGUGCAGGUCAACAAAAGGCCUUCCACAGACUGCCGUGUGCAACCUGAAUAUUACGCUUCCCGCAGUCAAAAAGGAUUCGGAGUCAGAUGCCGAGGACGAGACUGAAAAGCCAGAUCGACGUCAUACCUUUGCAUCCCUAGCCUUACGUAAGCGCUACAGCUAUCUGACCGAGCCUGCACAGACAGUCGAACGAAGUGCAGCAACAAGAACACUGCCUUCUGGUCACCCUCACAAACCUGUCUUUCCAACCAGACCUUACCCACCAUGGUCGACUGCUCCUAUUACCGUCCCUGGCCAAACAAGGCUCACAGGAGUGGGGGGUCUCCUCACCUCUGCCGAUUCACCGGCAGGCUCACCAGCUUGUGCUCCAUUAAAAUCUGCCUGGCAACUUUCAGCACCUUCACCUGCAUGUACUACAAAAGCAACCUUGGGAGCUUCACCACCACCACCUGCCUCUUCAUCCCCAGUUAAAUCAAUCGGCGACUUACCAUCCUCUCCCAUCAGGUCUUACAGGACUGUGCCUUCACCCAUUAAAACCGUUGUCCAGCAGGGUCCAUACCCUGCUCAUGGAUCUGCCAUCCUUGCGACAUCUGGAAGUAAACCUGCCACUGAUCCAGCUUCAAUUAAAAAUCUUGCCUCAGCAUACACAUCGAGGAUCCCUCUCAAUCAUUCAAUACCAAAUGGUUCUUUAUCUGAGAGUUCUUCAGCCAUUACUGGUUCUGUCACAUCCCCCAAAUCUCUAUAUAACUUCUACAGUUCUAAUCUGCCUUUUAAAACUGCCCUUGUGAACACUGCUGCUACAGAAGCCACCACCUUUUCUGCUGUAAAAAGCAACUCUAGUCUCUCAUCUCUAAAAACUUCUGUUGAAGCCACACUCACCUCCAGAGGAGGAAGGACAUCGAUUUCCCCUCUUUCGUCAACUGGUCAAACAACCAUUCCUUCCUCGGAGUUUUCUAUGAUGAAUGGAUCAGUGUCACCUGUUAAAUACCCAUCUUCCUCCUCCACCCCUUCUUCCCCUUCGUCACGUCUUCUCUCAGAGAGAAGCAGCAGUCUUCAGGAAAGGAUCCAAGCCACGACCCAUGCAGCAACUUCCAGUGUCAGUGCAGCCAUCAAUGAAGCUUUAGACUCUUACUCAGUCUCAGGUUAUGGGACACUUAGGUCUCUGUCGUCUUCACGCAGAUCUGCAACAGUAACCUCUGCUUAUGGUUCUCUGAGAUCAGGAACUGCUGUCUCAAGUCCAGCAGUCUCUUCUAAUACAAUGACUGUCCCUGUUUAUUCACUUAUCAAUGUCAUCCCUGACAGCCCUGUUAAACCAGGGCCAGGGUCUCUCAAAAUGGCCCUGCCCGAUUCUCCUCUUACCUCAUCCUCAUCCCCUUCAUCAUUCCCUUCAUGCGUUACUGGAACAAAAUUGAAAUCUCAGUUAAAAUCUCCUCCAUUUAUAACACCACCAGUAAUCCAUCCAACCGCAGCCUCAAAUCAGGAGAUACUGAAAGACGUAGCAGAAAUGAAACAGGAUCUUAUCAGAAUGACAGCUAUUCUCCAGACAGAUACACAAAUGGCUGCUAAAACUGUACAGACAUCAAACACUGGAACUCCUAAAGAGUCUAAGUUAGAAGACCAGGAGCCACAUACAUUAGUUGAGAAGGUAAAAAAAGAUUUAUUCAAAGUCAGUGAGAUACUACAAAAAGAUAUCAUGGCUGAAGGUAAGACCAUUGCAGGUAAGGAGACAAGUUCAGAGGAUGAGUGGGAAGAAUUUACUAGAGAUGAGAUUGAAGAGGCUCAAAGAAAUGCCCUUCAAGACUACUACCCUCAGUAUGGUGAAAACAAUCUUUUUAAGCAACAGUUGAUGUCUAACAAAGAAUUAGAGUUAACUAAAGUAGUAGAUUAUUUAACAAAUGAUAUUGGUGCAACUUCUCUGUCAAAAAUGGCAGAGCUGAAAAGUAAGUAUGAGGAUGAAGUGAAAAAGGAAGGUGAGGAAAAACAAAAACGAGUCCUCAAACCAUCAAUGACAAUACAGGAGAACAAACUUAAAAUGCCUCCGCCUGUUUCAGGCAUGAUCAGGUCUCCUUCAGAGAAAGACUUAAGCAAGCUUGCUGAGUCAUACCAAGGGUCAGACACAAUCUUGGAAUCCCCUGAGGAGCUUUCUCACGAGCAGGAUAAGAGUCCCCUGUCAGACAGUGGGUUUGAGACGAGAAGUGAAAAGACUCCUUCCGCUCCUCAAAGUGCAGAAAGUACAGGACCUAAACCUUUAUUUACAGAUUCCCCAAUCCCCCCUUGUGUAACUGAGACCAGAACGGAGGUUGUCCACAUUAGGAGCUUUGAUCAGCCAGAUGAUCUUUCCGAGCCUGCAUUUAUAGAGGAGACUGCAUGUGCUUUACCUCCUUUAGAGUCGGAAAGCCAAUCAACAACAGCUUUACAAAUGAAAAUGCCAGAAGAUGAUGCCUUGAUGAACAAAAGCAUGUGUCUCAAAGAGGAAACUCACAUCACGACCACAACUCGUAUGGUAUAUCACAAGCCUCAGUUAACUGAUGGCAAAGAGAUGUUAGAAGAAGCCAUGUCUGUCAGAGAUAUCAUGAAAGCUUUUCAAUCAGGUCGUGACCCAUCAAAAGAACUGGCAGGCCUCUUUGAGCACCAAUCUAAUCAAGACAUGGUUAAAGGUGAUGAGCUGACUCCCAGGUUUCUAGAUCGGGACAUUAAAUCCAAACCCAAAGUUGAAAGGAUAAUUGAGGUCCAUAUUGAAAAGGGCCACAGCACAGCAGAUCCAACCGAGGUUAUUUUCCGAGAAACAAAGAAACACCCUGAGCUAUACGUUUACAAAAGUGAUCGUGGGAUCAGGGAGCUUACUGAUUAUGAUGAGCCCCAGCAGGAAGAAGAAGAUUUUACUGCUGAAGAAUCUCUGCCCUCUUUCCUGGAAACUUCUCGUGUUAACACUCCAGUAUCACAAGAAGAGGACAGUCGCCCUAGUUCUGCCCAACUUAUAGGAGAUGACUCUUAUAAAGCUCUAAAACUCUUAAGCCAGCACUCCAUAGAAUAUUGUGAUGAUGAACUGUCUGAGGUCCGAGGAGAGUCAUAUAAGUUUGCUGAGAAAAUGCUUCUCUCAGAAAAGAUUGAAACAUCAAUGCAGUCUUAUUCAGAUGUAGAAGAUUCUUCAACAGUAGCUGAUAAAAACCAUCACAUUGUUUCUGAGGAAAAUGGUCGAUCUGAGGGUACAAACCAAGGGCAAGGAAGCCCCAAAAGGGAGUUUGUUUCGUCUUCAAAAGAUGGGUCCCCUAAAUCAGGUAAAUUCCUGCAAAAGGAUGAACCAUCUCAGUUUGACAAGGUGACAGUGCUCCAUUACUCAACAGAACCGGGCAGUCCAAAACAUGCUGUAUGGAUGAGAUUUACUGAGGACAAGCAUGAUAGAAGCAGGGACAAACUACUGUAUGAGGAUCGUGUAGAUCAGACAGUGAAGGAAGCUGAGGAAAAGCUCAGUGAGGUAUCUCAAUUUUUCCGUGAUAAAACAGAGAAGCUUAAUGAUGAGCUUCAGUCUCCUGAGAAAAAGCCAGUGAGACGACUGAAGGAGCCUAGAUCCUGGCCUACUUCAGCCUGCAGCAGUCCAGAAAAAACACAACAGAAACCUAAAGCAGGAGAUGAGGUGUUCAGUAAAACGAAACUUAAGGAAGCUUCAGUUGGUAAAUUUUUUGGUAGCUGCACAGAAGUUGAAAGUAAAAGCUCUAGCGUGCCAAACAGUCCGCAGAAAAGUGUAUUCUUCAGUACAAGUGAUGAUAAAGUCAAACAAGAACCAAAGACCACUGUAUCAGAACCACCUUCCCCUUCCCAUGUAACCUCAACAUCUAAGGUUAGUGCAGUGAGGAUGAAGUUUGAAUCUGCAGCUCAGAAGGCCAGUCAAAGUCAGUCUAGUCCUACUAAAGUUCCUCCACCAGUCCAACCAAAACCAUCAGUAAAGAAACUACAGGAAAGCAAACUUCCCAUUUAUCAGGUUUGUAAUGCAGGAAAAGCAUCAAAAGCACCCGAGACCUCAGAAGAACAUAUACAAAAAAAGUCUAGGAACAAAGAAGAUUGCAAGCCUGGCCUGAUACACACAUCUAAAAUUCCUACAACAGACAAACUCCCAAACAAAAAUGUAAUUGAACCCUCCCACAACAUUAGUGAAACUAAGACUGAUAAAGCUCCACUUAGAGGUCAAGAUAGUCAAUUUAGGGAAACCCAGGACAUUAAAGAAAGUAAUAAGAGACAUGCUGUUAGGACCCCCAAUGUUUGUGACAAUGACGGUAAAAAAUAUCAGCAAUCCCAAAAAAAUUUGUCAUUUAACCAAGAUGCAAAAUCUGAACUGCCAAAGAAGGAUGAAGAGGAACCACUAAACAAAAACCUUAGAAAAAAGACAGAAUCUCAGAUACCUGUAAGAACAACAGCCCCCUGUUUAGAUAACAGUCUCACAAAGAAACAGAUAACAACAAAGCCCUCACAGAUUCCUACACUAUCUAAACCUAAAAGUCCAGAUGUAGGCCUAGCAAAAACAGAGCUUACAUUUGAAAUCCUUGAUAAUUUACCAAAAGAUUCAAACUCCAAUAACCUACCUAGCCCCGGAGAAAUACUGGAAAAUGUAAUAACCCCUCCAGUUACUGUAACAACCAAAGAAAACUUUAAAGGCAUUAAAACAUUGCCUGUUUAUGUCCAGGUUGGCAGACAGGCAGAGAGGGAGGCUAAGGGAGCACUGCACACAGUCAAACAGAAGUCAAACUCUGCAAUUAGUCCCAUAAGCCCAGAGGAUGACACUUUAGAACAAGUUUCUUUCAUAGACAGUUCAGGUAAAAGCCCUCUUACACCAGAAACCCCCAGUUCUGAAGAAGUCAGCUAUGAUCUCACGUGCAAAACACCUGAUGGCUUUUUAGAAUUCAUUUCGGGCAAGCCAAGCCCCAUCAUGGAGGUGUCUGAGGACUCGGAGGAAGAUGGUCAAGGAAAUACAGUUUUCUCUUUAAAAGAGGCAACAAUUGAAAGUAAAACCAAUGUCCAUGAUGCACAAGCAGACCUUGUUAAUGCUAAUAAAGAAGAAAAUAAAAUUAAUGACAAUCAACAGGCGUUGCCUGAUAAUUUUAAGAUAGAAGAAACAAUCAUCAACACUGUUGGUGAAACAAAAGGCAAGGAGCAAGAAGAAAUGUCAAAAGACAAGGGCAUUGCAUAUAUUGAGUUUCCUCCCCCUCCCCCUCUGGAUUCAGCUUCAGAAAUUUCAGACACAGAGAGAAAGGACUCAUGUGCUUCUUCAGAGACAGAAACCGAAAUGAUGGAAGUGAAUUUACAGGAGGAACAUGACAAGCAUCUAACUGAACCUGUCAUACGUAUACAACCCCCUACGCCUGUGCCCCUUAGUACAGAUGACAGUCAAUCUAAUGCUGAAGACGAAAAUGAUGAGUCAAUCUUCCAACCAAUUCCUUGUAAGAAAUUGGCCUCAAAUGUUCCUGAGGAGGAAAAUAAAAAGGAGAAAGAAAAAGCACCUAAACCCAAAAGACAUGACAAAAAUGGCAACAAAGAACCUGGUGGGUCCGACGGCUCCACCAAUGGUUCCAAAGUUUCCAAUGGUAAAGUUGAGGAAAAUGACUGUGAACAAAAUGGAAAUGAUCAGUCAAUAACAGACUGUUCUAUAGCCACAACAGCUGAGUUUUCUCAUGACACAGAUGCCACAGAGAUAGACUCUCUUGAUGGCUAUGAGCUUCAAGAUGAAGAUGAUGGCCUGUGCGAGCAGGCUGACUUACGGCUUCUUGGACUUUCAGACACCCGGAGAGAUGUCUGGACAACAGACACAUUUAGGUCUUCUGAUCGGUCUUUUCCCCCGACCAAACUUGAAGUUAUUGAGGAGGAAAAGACACCAGAGGAAUUACAGAAGGACACUUUGAAAAAAGAAACAUCUACAUGUAAUGGAAAAUUUGAAAGUGUAAAUAAAGAUGAAGCAAAGACCCAGGAACAAAGACCCUCAGAAAAAGAGGGAUUUUCAGACUCUUAUUUUAGUUACAAAAUAGAAGAGGAGUUCAAUUCUCCUUUUAAGACUGUUGCCACUAAAGGGCUUGACUUUGAUCCAUGGUCAAGUAAAGGUGGUGAAGGAGAAAUCGUUGAUAUGGGUGGGUCACGUGACAACAAUGGGGAGCCAAAGCCUUAUGGACUAGCAGUUGAAGACCAGUCUCAGGCUACAACAGCAGAAACUACCCCUGCCCAAACUCCAACGGAUGAUAGCACCCCAACGAGUGAACCAAAUCCUUUCCCCUUCCAUGAAGGGAAGAUGUUUGAGAUGACGCGCAGUGGUGCAAUUGACAUGAGCAAGAGGGACAUGGUGGAGGAAAGGCUCCAGUUUUUUCAGAUUGGUGAGCAUUACUACUCAGCGGGAAGGUACAGGGUCAGGGACUUAGAGAAGGAUGCCUCCGCACAACAAAUGAAUGAGUUUAAUUCUCAUUAUACCUUAUCAGUCCCUCAAGUCUCCAUUCAGACUACCACUGUAGAGAUACCCAAUGUGUCUGGUUACAGCACAUGCAAAGAGCCAGCUUCCAACAUGGAGCCUAAAUUCUCCACUUUUAGAGCAGGUUUAACGCUAACAUCCCCUAACAAGUCAAAUAGCACUACUAAUACAAGCACCUUUAAUAACAGUAGUGAUGAAGUCUCAGGGAAUACUGUAGAUAGGUUUUAUAGUAUUAUACCAGACUAUGCAGAUUACUGUCAUUUUGAUACAAUGAACAUAGCAGAUAACUCUUUGAAGGAACAGUCAUAUGCUAUGGGAUACUACUCUAAAAACAAUACUUGUUCAGGUAUGCCAAAACCAACCUCAGAGAUUGAAAAUACUUAUCACCAAAGCCAAUAUUGUCCUUCAGCACCUUCACAACAGACAAAUAAUCUGCAAAAAAUGAGCAAUAAUACUAGUAGCACUCCAUCUAACGCCAGUUUAGGCAUUGCUCAAGUUGGCGGUAUUGUAUGUAGCAUGUUGUCUGCUUCAAGACCAACUCAGCGGGAGGUUAGUAGGACAGAUGCUUCUUCAAGUCAGCUGGAGCAACACUAUGCAAAAGGAAAGGUUGUUUCUAAUAUAGCAAUAUCAAAAAUGGCCAAAGGAGUCAAAGGCGGUAUAAUCAGAUCCAAGUUGCCCUUGAGGGUAGUUGGCCACAAUCUAUGCAGUCAAAGGAAUCAAGUAUCAAUGGGUAUUUUAAAAGAACAUGUUUAUGGAUUCUCUUUUAGGACACAUGAGAUUAAACAUGAAGUCAGGGAAAGACUGGACCCUUUUAAAUCUUUAUUUCCAAAAUCCCGAAUCCCUAUAUUGAAAGCCAUUAAAAACCCUUCUUGUUUCCAAGAGCAGAUGCUGGCCAAAAACAGUCCUACAGUUAGAGGAAAUUAUAGGGAAAAUGUUAAAAAGGGAAGAACUCAACCCCAAUACAAAAGUGAUAAUAGUUCAAUAGUCUUAAGGAACUCUUCAACAAAGGCUGUUAAAAGCAAGGCAGCCAACCAUUUAAAAAAAACUAAACUCAAGGAGGCUGAAACUAAGUUAGUGGGAAAAACUCUUCCCUCCAAUGAGGAGGGCUGCUUCCACAGUACUGCCAGGAACAAAUCCCUGUCAAAACCGUCUAGAGCUUCUAGGAGUUCCCGUCCUUCCUGCACUUCUACCUCCACCCCCACUUCCACCACCACAUCACCACCACCCACUAGAGAUCUCAGUCAGAGGCUGAGGACGAGCAAGCUGAAGAUUAGGUGGACACAUGGAGAGAAGAAGCGUGAGCAGAUGGAGGAAGGGAGUCAGGUUGAUCAACCAAACAGGACUCCUGUGAUGGAGAACGAGACUAGCCCUCAAAGCCCAUGUGAGAGAACAAACGUCCGUAUGGCGAUCGUAGCCGACCACCUCGGCCUCAGCUGGACCGAGCUGGCCAGGGAGUUGAAUUUCUCAGUGGAAGAAAUCAACUUCAUCAGAGUGGAAAACCCCAAUUCUCUGACAGCACAGAGUUUUAUGCUACUAAAGAAAUGGGUACACAGGGAUGGUAAAAAUGCCACAACGGAUACUUUAACUGCGGUGCUGACUAAGAUCAAUCGGUUGGAUAUUGUGACUUUACUGGAAGGGCCCAUAUUUGACUACGGUAACAUAACAGGCACACGCUGCUUUGCCGAUGAUAACGCAGUAUUCCCGGAUCAGUCCGAUGGCGACCACAUUAUAGAUCUGGAACUGAAAACCCCAACAGAACUCAACUACGUCCCCUGUACCCCCCUACGCUCCGAUGAGUUCUUUAGUGAGGGUGAAGCUAGCAUAGCGUCCCCUAGUAGGACCACGUUCACCAGACCUAGUGACCUCUCGCUUGCUCAGACUACAAGCACCUCCAGCAGCGAACCCCCCACGGUGGUCCCAGCCCAUGGCUCAGAUCCUCCUAUUGCGGGGCCAGAAGAUACACUUCUGACUGCGGGAGACAGAGGGAUCUCUGUAGAGAUGCCAGAUAAUGACCGAAGGGCAGGGAACCAACAAAACGGAAGAGAGGAAGAAGAGGAAAUUACCCAGGAGCGACUGCGGAGUCUGUUGGAAGAUAUACAGCUGGAGGGAGGCGUGGAGGAAGAGGAGAUGACCGAGGAGAGAGUGAAUGCGAUCCUAGAGCAAGUACGGCAAGCAGAACAAAACAUUUCUUCGGUUCCAGGCUGGAGUGCCGAGACGUCUGGAGCCACAGCUGGACACAUCAGCAAAGACACAGAGAGCAGUCCCGACAGUCCGGCUGAUUCCCUGGAGCAGCUGCCGGCUCAAAAUGGAGGCCACACAGACAGGGAAGCAAAAGAAAAAGGAGCCAAGGGGAACGGAGCAGAUGAGGACAGUAGGACAGCGGGACCUGGCAGAGGACGGGAGGAUGGGGGUGAAAAAUCCCAGCACAAAGUCCAGGAAACCAUCAGAGCUGGUGAGUCCAGCUCUGAUGACGAGACCACCGUCACUACCAGGGUGUACCGCAGACGGGUCAUUCUCAAGGGAGAGGAGGCCAGAAACAUCCCAGGACAAACUGUUACUGAGGAGCAAUUCAUAGACGAAGAUGGAAAUCUGGUGACCAGAAAAGUUAUCAGGAAGGUGGUGCGUCGGGGUUUCAACUCCGAGGAAAGAAGGGAAUGUGAACAGCCUAAUAUAGCAGGGGAAGGAGCUUUGACUGUUGAUGUAGGUGAAGCAGAUGCUGCUGCAUCAGCAGAAAAUGUAGCAGCAGCAGGAAAUAAGGGCGGUAAGGGCAAGAAAAGAGGGAAACGCUCCCGACACGGACACAAGGAGGAAGCCCAGAGAGAGAAAACCCAGCCUGGAGACGGUUCCAACAAGAAGCACGGGGAAAAGAGUCAGUCAUAACAACAAAGCUCUAACAUAAACAUGGUUUUAUAGUCGUUCACAGCAGCUACACACUCGAAGAACAAAAAAAAACACCUGAACUGGAGUCCAUGAGGAAGAAGAAAGGCGUGGAGGCGUUUCAAGGCAGCCGACUCGUGUUAGAAGUAUUUUCCUACACCGCAUGGUUAACAGCAAGAUGAUGUUACUUUUCCUUGAUUUCGCAUGAGCAUGUCACUGAACUCACUCGCUGUCAGAAGGACAGAAGAAAACACACACAGGGGCCACUCACGGCUGUGAACGGGAACUUUCUCUCAUCGACGGCGAACGAACUGCAUCCGCAGCCAAAGAAAAGACCUGCUGACAGAACAGACUCCACUAUCUCAGACUCUCUACUCUACCGUGAUUUUUGUUUGUUUUCCUCCUGGAUCUGAAGCAGCUGCACCGGAGUGCACCAUGUGCUUCUUUUAUAAAAAUAAAAUCUAAUAAUAAAUGGGUGAUUUUCUUGUAUAUAAAUGACACUGUAUAAAAACAAAACAAAAAAACCAGUAGCUUCACAGAUUGUUUAUGCACUGAUUUGAGCUGGUAAGGCUUUGCAGAGUCUGUGCACUUAGCUGUGUGACCUGAUUUGCUCUUCCCUAAAUUAUGAAAAAAAAAAGGAGCAAAACAGCUCUAUGUGAGCGAGGAACGAAUGCAAGAAAACGAAGAGUGAUUUUCCAUGUCGGAUGUCUGUAAUGAACAGCUCCUCUGCUGUGGAAUGUUCUUCAGAGAAAUUAUAUUUUGCUGCAUGUUAUGGCACUGUAUUUUUAAUGUUUGCUUUUUUUUUUUUUUUCUAAUUUUAAAGCACUGUAAUACAAUUAGAGAGGGUUUGACAGAACUUUUUUCUGUUCAGACUCAUUAUAACACAAGUGUCUAUCAUCUGUGGCUCUCUUUGAUUUAAUAAACACGCUCCACAUUCAAGUUGUGGGACAAUAACGUUUCCCUUUGGAUCCAGUGAAGGACAGACGGUUUUGUCUGAUUUAACCUACAGACUGGAGUAUUAGCGCUUAACUGCUAGCAGCCCUGAGUAUGGAGGUGUGUGUGUGUGUGUGUGUGUGUGUGUGAGGGCGUGUGUGUGUAACACCAUAAACUUUAUUCCCAUCAUGCAAACUAUAGCUUCUAUGUCUACUGGUGUUUUUAACAAAGGGGACUAUUUUUAUGUUGGAUUUUUACAACUUUCAUCUUGUUAAUCUGUUAUUUACAUGAUUAGAUUUUUAUUCUCAAUCACCAAACUGUAACUGUAUCAACAGCUGGAAUCACACAAAUCACACUACUUAUUUGCUUUUAUUGUAAAUCUACUUCUGUGUUUGUUUUUCUUCUUUUCUUAUGUUGUUUUUUUUUUUUUUUCUCGCCACACACAUCUCUACCCGAUGCAUUCACUGAUAUUAAAUCUGGUACCAACAUGUAUAACAAACCAACAUAGCCAACCCUGGAUGAUUCAAAAUUAUUUAAACAAAAAAAAAUAAAUUGUGUUUUAACCAAA